UCCUCCUGGGCGUGGUGGAGAAGCAGCUCCAGAAUGAGGUGUUCCAGGCUGAGAUGGAGCGCAAACUGGCCCAGCUGCUGAGUGAGGUUUCCUCCAGAAGGCGCAUGUGGAGAAGGGCCACUGUCACUGCCGGGAACAGCGUGGUGCAGGUGGUAAAUGUGUCGAGGCUGGAGGGAGAUGACAAUCCUGUGCAGCUCAUCUACUUUGUGGAGGAUCAAGAUGGAGAAAGACUCAGCGCGGUCAGGUCUUCAGACCUGAUUAACAAGAUAGAUCUCCAGAGAGCAGCCAUUAUCCUGGGUUACCGAAUUCAAGGCGCCAUUGCCCAGCCUGUGGACAGGGUGAAGAGGCCGUCCCCGGAGUCCCAGAGCAACAACCUGUGGGUCAUUGUUGGCGUGGUCAUCCCGGUGCUGGUGGUGAUGGUGAUUGUUGUCAUCCUCUACUGGAAACUCUGCCGCACCGACAAGCUGGACUUCCAGCCUGACACUGUAGCCAACAUUCAGCAGCGUCAGAAGCUGCAGAUCCCUAGCGUGAAGGGCUUUGAUUUUGCUAAGCAGCAUCUGGGGCAGCACAAUAAAGACGACAUAUUGAUCAUUCACGAGCCAGCGCCACUGCCAGGACCCAUAAAGGACCACGCCACGCCCUCUGAAAAUGGAGAUGUGCCAAGCCCCAAGUCCAAGAUGCCUUCUAAGAGCAUCCGCCACAGAGGAAGAGUUUCUCCCUCUGAUGCUGACUCUACCGUCAGUGAAGAGUCCAGUGACAGGGAUGCAGGCGAUAAGACACCAGGAGUGGUCCACGAUGGCAAGUCACACAGAGCCCCACAGAGCGGGCCACCACUGCCCAGUUCAGGGAAUGAGCAGCAUUCCUCGGCCUCCAUCUUUGAGCACGUGGACAGGAUUUCCCGCUCCUCGGAGGCCAGUCGGAGGGUCCCCAGUAAAAUCCAGCUGAUUGCCAUGCAGCCGAUCCCGGCACCCCCAGUUCAGCACUCUGUGCUGGCGGACCGAGUAGCAGAAACCAACAAAAUGAACAAAGAGAUUCAGACGGCGCUGCGACACAAGUCCGAGAUCGAGCACCAUCGCAACAAGAUCCGGCUGCGCGCCAAGCGCCGCGGCCACUAUGAGUUCCCCGUGGUGGACGACCUGUCCCCGGGUGACACCAAGGAGCGCCACCGGGUGUACCGCCGGGCGCAGAUGCAGAUCGACAAGAUCCUGGACCCCACGGCCAGCGUGCCCUCGGUGUUCAUAGAGCCCAGGAAGAGCUCACGGAUAAAGCGCUCUCCUAAGCCACGCCGGAAACACCAGGUCAAUGGCUGCCCUGCUGACGCUGAGAAGGACAGACUCAUCACCACAGACAGUGACGGCACCUACAAAAGGCCACCCGGAGUCCACAACUCUGCCUAUAUGGGAUGCCCAUCCGAUCCUGACCUCCCGGCAGAUGCGCAGACGCCGUCCUCCACUGAGCUGGGGAGAUAUCCUGGCCUGCCCUUCCCAGCCUCCCAGUACGUCCCGCCCCAGCCGUCCAUCGAGGAGGCGCGCCAGACCAUGCACUCCCUCCUGGAUGAUGCCUUUGCCCUCGUUGCGCCCAGCAGCCAGCCCGCUAACGCCUCAGGCGCAGGCCCUGGGGUCCCAGCUGGCCUGCCUGUGAACAGCACCCCUUCCCGGGAAGACAGGCGAGCUGCCCAGUGGGGGUCCUUCUACAGCCCAGCCCAGACGGCCAACAACCCAGGCAGUAGAUAUGAAGACUAUGGAAUGACUCCCCCAUCAGGCCCAUUGCCAAGACCAAGUUUCAGCCCCGGUGUGCUGCAGUCCUCGGAGCUGGUGCCCCCUGAGCCCCAGCAGCCACAGGCAUCGGCCGAAGCCCCCUUUGCUGCCCGAGGGAUCUACUCAGAGGAGAUGCCGUCGGUGGCCCGGCCACGGCCUGUCGGGGGCACCACAGGCUCCCAGAUCCAGCACCUGACGCAGGUGGGAAUUGCUAGCAGAAUCGGAGCUCAGCCUGUGGAAAUCCCACCUAGCAGAGGCAGCCAGUAUGGGGGACCAGGCUGGCCUUCGUACGGGGAGGAUGAAGCGGGGCGCCGAGAGGCUACACACAUGCUUGGACAGCAAGAGUAUUCUUCACCACUCUAUCAGGUGCCAAGGACUUCAGGCAGGGAGCCCUCAGCCCCUCCCAGGAACCUCCCCCACCGAGGACUGCAGGGCCCCGGGCUGGGUUACCCCACCAGCUCCACAGAAGACCUCCAGCCCAGCCACUCCUCAGCCUCUCUCAUCAAAGCAAUCCGCGAGGAGCUCCUGAGGCUCUCUCAGAAACAGAGCACCGUGCAGAACUUCCACAGCUGAUCGGUCUGGCCUUGCAGAGUGGCCAAGUAUCUGCUUCCCGUGGAAGCAAGACUGAAAGGAAAUCAACUGAGUGGCUGAUUGUAAGACAAAUGAUCAACUCCCGGGCAAGCGGCCCCAGUAAGGGAAUGAGUUGCGAUUUUAGAAGAUGCCAUAAGUCACGUGACAGCUCAUGAUACUUUUACUGUGUUGGCAAUUUUGUGACCUCUUCGGUUCAGUUGAAUUUUAUGUACUUUUGGCCAAAAGCCAGCAGCACUUCACAAAAACAACACACAAACCUAAGCUAACAAAAGUACUAAGUCUCCAUUCUAAAGGCAAAAGAUUAAAGUGUGUAGAUGGUGUAGGGAUGCAAGCAAUCAAACGCUUCUGUGGGACUCAGACUGAUGUGUGUGAUUGAAGUUGCUGCUUUGUUUUCUGAGAAAAGAAAUUUGAAGACAUUUUGUUAACAGAUUGAUUUCCCUCUUUUUCUCCAUAGGAACUUAUUUUAAUAGUAAUAUUAACAGCAGGAAUACUAAGACUGUUUGGGAAUUUAAAAAGCUACUAGUGAGAAACCAAAUGAUAGGUUCUAGAGCCUGAUGAUUCCAAAUGAAGCCAUCACCUGCAUUUUUCCUUCUGGUGCUACAGCUCUGAGGGCCCCCCCACCUUCAUGUCUGUGAAAUGCAACUUGCUUUUUCAGUGGAA